GAUGAUCCGCCCGGCGCCCGCGAUGAGGGCUCGCCUUCCUUGUCGUCAUCCCGCCUAUGGUCUCCACUUGUUCGAACGUACGACGUUUGUUUUGAUACGUCAUGCCCUUCUCACAAACGAUCCGCGGGCAUGGUACUUCACAAAUCUUUAUGCAAGAGAGAGUGGCCCCCACGGUACUCCUGUCACGUCAACAAGCUGCCCAACCAUCUUCGCGUGCUUUGUGUGCUUCAAGAUCAAGAUAUAAUAAGCUUUCAGAGCUGCAGGCCCGUCGCAGGACGUGUUCGCGCAGCUUCGUGUUGGUGCUCGUACUUGGUCACCAAGUGCCUCAUUCUUGCGUCUUCACAGCAGUCCGUACGUCAUUGUGCCGGCCACUCCGCAUGGACCGUUGGUCAAAGACAGCAACCCAUUGGCUAAUGGCAAAGUGCUAGGGUAAGGUGCAGCAUAGAAUACGAUCUGGAUCAGUCCGAACACGCCUGGUCGAGCUUUUGACUUUAAGGUAUCGAUGCGUUGCAGCGUCAGUGCAAAGACGACGUUGAUCGCAUUCGGUCGUGAGCUCUAAUAACUUCAGGGGUACCAGCUAAACUCCAAAUUACUUGUAUUCUUCAGUCCCGCUCCUACCCUUGU